GUCAAUUAUUUGUUAUGUUAUCACUGGACACUAGUCAAAAAUGGCGAAUCUUCCUCUUGGCAUAAGAACUCAUUCUCAAAAAGUUUGUAGCCUUUACAAACAGGCUUUGCGUAAUAUAGAGUCGUUUUAUGAUAGACGAAAUGUAUACCGCUAUCAAGCUGUGCUCCUGCGAGAUCGCUUUGACAAAAAUGCCAAAAUAACAGACAUGCGUAAAGCUGCUCAGCUACUCAAAGAAGGACAAGAGGAAUUAUUCUUGAAACAGCACCCAAUUCCUAAAAAAUUCCCAACAAGUGUAGGAGGUGUAGCGCAUGAGCGUGUUGUUACACCACCAGACUGGGUCCUAGACUACUGGCAUCCAUUAGAGAAAGCUCAGUACCCAGAGUACUUCAAGCGACGAGAGGAAAGAAAGAAAGAGUUUAUUGCCAUGUGGGAGAAAGAAUAUGGCAAACCUGAUAAUAAAGAUCAACAUCAUUAAUCAUUAAAAGCAGGUGGUGUAAGAAGAGCUGGUCCUCCAAACUCCUGAGGGUAUUUGAACAGCAGGAAGAAACAGAUGUGGCCAAUCAUGAUACCCAAUAGCUCCACCACUCCACUG